GAGGAGAGAGAGAGAGGGAGACCUAGAAAAAGGGGGGUUGUGUGCACUCUCUUCCCCGACCUAUUGAGAGGUGUGUAGGUUGAGCGUCUUUUCAGCAAGAAAGAAAGAAAGAAAGAAAAAGAGAAAGAAAGAAAGAAAGAAAAUUGCUGAAAAGUGUUGCACAGCUUUUGAGGAUUGUUCAGUUGAGCUGUCACUGAUUCAGCCUUCCUAGAGAACGUGUUGGACGUGGAAUCAAACUGCCGAUGCCCCUGAUGCCUGAUGUCAGCGUGGUCUCCUGAAGGGAUUUAAACAGUCCUGAAGAAAAGAGAAGAAAAAAAAGUCAUACUUCCCCGGGGACGGCUACAAGUAUGAGGUGACUCCUCCACGGGAAUUUGUUGAAGAUUGUCAAGGUAGACUGAGAUUUACUUGAAUAUUGAUGCAAAGCUUCAGAAUAUUCCUUGGAUGAGAUGACUUUGGGAGAAUAGAACAGGAAUCUCCACUGUACCUCUUCAGAAUAGAUUUAAAGAUUUCAAGUUAUUCUACGGAUUUAAGAUUUUAGAUUAUUUUACCAUUUGACGCCACUUUUGGACAUUUGUGACAUAUUGGUUAUGAGCCCACUGUUGACAUGCACUGCUGAAUAUUUUUAGCAAUUUCCCAAAGGAUUCAAUCACCGAUAUCAAUAUAAAAUUCUAUUGAAUCACCAGUCAUCUUAAUCCAGAGGGAGACGAAGAACUUGCGACCUUCAUUUAUCACCAAAUAGCUUGAAGUCUUCAUAAAGAGAUGGCACAUAAAGAAGGAGCAACAGAGCAGGGCCGUGUGAAGGCAGUGGACAGUCUCGGGGCCAAAGCCAUGGCCGGGGCCCCUAUAGCUGGGGGAGGAGUCGUGGUGGAAGUCAGGGAGAAGAAGGGACCCCUGCGGGCUGCGAUACCCACAAUGCCUUUCCCUCUGGCGGUCAUCUGUCUGUUCCUGAACACCUUCAUACCUGGACUAGGUACCUUCAUCUCAGCCUUCACGGUGCUUUGUGGAGCCCGCAGCGAGCUGGUCUCAGAGCGAGGCGUGUGCUGCGUGUUCUGGCUCAACGUGGCGGCGGCCCUCAUCCAGAUACUGACGGCUGUCAUCAUGGUCGGAUGGAUCAUGAGCAUCUUCUGGGGAAUGGACAUGGUCAUCCUCGCAAUUUCUGAUGGCUGCAGAGACCAGGGCCUUCCCCAGGACGUGUGAGAGACGUCCCUCUUGUCGUCACCUGAUGGAUCACGCGGACGGUUUGACCACUGUGACAUCCCCGUCGUCUUUUGAUGACCUGUAGCUGACAACAGAGCGGAUGGGGCAGAGACCUGAUGGAAAUGAUUCAGUCGUAAAGUGAAUCGAGUCUUUGUGAGAUUGUUUGAUCGGCGGCUGUCGAUUGGUCAACACCAGGCCGCGUUUAGAUUUAUCGGACGGGAAGAAGGGACUUGCAUUCAGGAAAAGAGAAAAACAUCUUUAUCUGUAUUAUAUUUAGUAACUAAAGCAGUGAUAUUCAAAUUCUGUCUUUUGAUAUUUUUUAUCUAAGUCAAACCAUAAAUCUGUAAAAAAAACUGUAGGUUCGCUGCAGAUUUCCUACGCGACAUUAUUAAGGACAAUUUUAUUUGCAUGAGGGUGUGAGAUAAUCAAGAUUUGGCAGAUUUGUAUUUCUGUGCUUUGGCCUUCUGCUUGUUUUUUGUGUCAGAAUUCAGUUUGGAAAAGAAAAAAAAAGAAAAGUACAAAUGCUGUCCGUGACAAGGUUGCUGUGACUGUGUAUUUAGCUCAAUGAUGCAUUACAUGUUAAUGGGCUCAGGGCAAUUUCCACUGCCCCUGAGAAAGACGUGUAUAUCAGUGUUAGAUAUCAGUGGAUUUACUGUUACAAACACUGACUUUAACAUUAAUCUCCAGUGUGUUUAAGUGGCCUUUUAUUGUGAUAUCGACACCAACUUGCUGCUCGGAGACUAUACGAUAUAUAUGUUGUACCUCUCCAAUGAGUAAAUCAGCGUUGAAAUGAUGUUACACACUGUUAAAGCUUUGUAUCUAAUUAGCAGGUUUCAAAAUAUCAGCUCUCACCUUUGGCCUCUCUGAGGAGCUGCAGUCUCAUCACCCUGUCUGUCACAUUAUGACAAAGACAGACUUACAGUUAUGUCCCCAAUCCUUAUCCAUUCAUCCUUUCUUCCUUCCCUCAUCCCUUCAUCUUCUCUAUCCUCCCUCCAUCAUCCCUGCCCACAUCCCUUCAUCCUCUCUUCCAUCCUUCCCUCAGUCUUACCUAUACCCUUUCAUCCUCUCUUCCCUCUGUCCCACAUCCCUUCCUCCUUCCCUCAUCCCUUCUUAUUCAGUUUGGUGCAUACCUCUUGCACGUCUCGUUCUAACGUCUGGGGGGUAGGACUCUACCCCCCCACGGGAGGAUGCACUGGUGACCUCUACCAGACCCUCUUCACCUCAACCCCUUCCCUCAAUGUCCGGUCCUUUUUUCCUCAAGAUCCAAUACAUAAAUUUCCAUGAAAACCUUUAAAUCCCAUACUGUUGUGGCGUGGUCCUUCCUCCUGACAUUGCUGUCUUUUUAUAAAAAAAAAUAAGUCAACAGCUCCCAUAAGCAGCUCCAGUUGAAAUAUAUGAAAAUCACAAAACGUUCAGGUUGUUGAAUUCAGUUGUGCGGAGUAUAAAGUUAAAGUGUGUGCGUUGUCUACGCAUCAACGUGUGGGUGUUAUGACUGCUUGUGUACAAUAUGGAGAGUGGGGAACACUAUGGUGUGGACUCAGUAUCACCAUGUGCUCAUAAACAAAGAUGGCCAAUUCUAUCAUGCUCUAAACUUUUCCCACGAUGACACAUCAGCUUCCCCGAGCGCUGCAUGGCCGGCUUAUUUCCCUGACAAACAUCCACGAGCAUCAUAAGUCAAAAAAAGCCUCAAAUGAAAUGAAUGGAACCAGCGUGCAGGAGCCGGAGCACUAACGGAGAGCAGUGAGUCGAGCGCUCGGCUCAGCUGCUGCUGGAAAACUGAACAGGCUCUGGGCUGUUUUAAUGAACUGCAACCAACUUUACAACUCGACACAGAAGAAAACAGCAGACUGUCAUAUCUUUUGUAACACCGAGAAGAUCCUUGCCAAUGUGAGGCAACAUUUAUGGUGUUUGUGCCUCGACCAAAAUCCAACUUUAUUCGUCUUACUAAUUUUUCCCUUUUCUUUAUUAGAUUUUUCGACGGGUGAUGUAUCGCUUUGAUUAUUUGUUUUUCCUCUAAGGAUCUCUGUCGGGUCUCAGCCAAAUGCCUUUCUUGAGAGUACUGCUGUAUUUUGGAUGACAACACUGAUGCUUCUCGUGUUUUAACUGUGUCUAUGUUGUGCAGAUUUUUGCGUGUAGGGAAGAUGAAGAUGAUGAUGACGAGUGAAAAAUCCGAUGAUAUUUUAUGCCUUACAAAUGACCAGUGUAUUCCCCCAUGAGUGUUUUUGUAGCAGUGAUGCUGGAGCUUGUUUACUUUGCUUGGGUGAAGUUUAUAGAUCUGUAAUAAUUGUUAUGAAGACACAUCAAUCUUUCAGCCGUACAUAUUGAUUCUGUGUCGGUAUAGAAAACUGACUAGUUGUAAUGUCUUUUGUUUUUUUCCAAUGAUGAGGAUGGGGAUUUUUGCUUUUGGAUUUCCAUAUACAGUUUUUCUGCAUGCAUAUGUAUGGUGUCAAAUGUAUAGAGUAACACACACACACACACACACACUACAACUAUAGUUUAAUUCUGUGUUUAUUGUUUUUUAAGCCAUCUGAGGUGACUGAUACAAAUUAAAAAAAGUUUUUGUUGUAAUGACUUAAUACUUGUGAAUAAAUGGUGCAUGUUUUUUUUAAUAUAAUUAAUAGGUAUGAUAAUCAACCCUCUAUAGCUAAGAUGUGUCACGCCUAUCUAUCUAUCUAGCUUCACCAUCAAGCUGAUGUUUGAGAAAUGUUUCAGCAACUGCCGUAACAUUAGGCCCAUUCAGGGGCGGAUCCAGGGGGGCCCAGGUGAAAUCUGAUUGGGCCCUGUGGUCCACUUGUCCCAUCAAUAGCGUUACAAAUAAAUAUGUUGAUCUAUUUAAAAA